AAGUCACCGCAGCGAUUGAGCAGGAACCAUGGCGGACCGCGCAGAGCACCCGGCGGACCGCGCCCACACGGACAGCGCCCUCACGGACAACAGCGUCUCGGCCAAGCAGCAGCCCAAGCAGCAGCUCUCGCGCGCCAUGGAGCACAUGCGCUUCGCCGUCACCGUCGACCCGGCCGCGCCCACAGCAACCACCUCAGCAGCCCCCGCGGCCGCGCCCUCCCCCGAGCCCGAAAACGAUGCCUACGGCGUGCCCGCCGCAAUCCAGCCGCUCCGCAACCCCGCCUCGCGCUCCCACGACCCCGCCAACAACCAGAAGCGCACCGACCCGUUCAGCUUCGGCUCGCGCACGCUGGAGGACGGCGACAACAUCUUCGAGUUCAACGCGUGGGACAACGUGGCCGUCGACGCCUCGUACCUGGCCUUCAGCGAGGAGCAAUUCGAACGCCAGCGCGCCGACCCCGUGUCGCCCUUCGACCGCGGCCGCUUCAACGCCGCGCCCGAGAAGUGGUGGAACGUCUUCUACAAGAACAACAAGACCAACUUCUUCAAGAACCGCAAGUGGCUAGCCCAGGAGUUCCCCGUGCUGAGCCAGCUGGGCGCGGCCGACGCCCCGGCCGCCACGGUCCUCGAAGUCGGCGCCGGCGCAGGCAAUUCGGCGUUCCCCAUCCUGCAGAACAGCCACAACCCGCGCCUCAAGAUCCACGCCUGCGACUUCAGCAAGCAGGCCGUCGACCUGAUCCGCGCACACGAGCUCUACGCGUCGCCCCAGAUCCAGGCCGACGUGUGGGACGUCGCGUCGGCCCCUUCGAGCGCCAACGGCGGCCUGCCCCCCGGCCUGAGCGAGGGCAGCGUCGACGUCGUGCUCAUGAUUUUCAUCUUCUCGGCGCUGCAUCCCUCGCAGUGGGACCAGGCCGUGCGCAAUGUGUGGCGCGUGCUGAAGCCGGGCGGGCAGGUGCUGUUCCGCGACUACGGGCGCGGGGAUCUGGCGCAGGUGCGGUUUAAGAAGGGGCGGUGGAUGGAGGAGAAUUUCUAUGUCAGGGGGGAUGGCACGCGGGUUUACUUUUUCGAGCAGGACGAGUUGAGGGGGAUUUGGGGCGGGGAGGCGGCGGUGGCGGGUGGAGAGGGGGGUGCUGGAGAUACAGGUGCUGGAGAUACAGGUGCUGCAGAGACACCUGCAAAGACACCUGCAGAGACACCUGCAGAGACACCCGCGGAAAACACGCCCGCUGAAGAGUCAUCCACUCCAGAGACAUCCACUGCAGACCCACCCGCCCCCCGCCCCGCCUUCGACGUCGCCCACUUCGGCGUCGACAGACGCAUGCUCGUCAACCGCCAGCGCCGCCUGAAAAUGUACCGCUGCUGGAUGCAGGCCGUGUUCCGCAAGCCCGCGUCCGACGAGGGGCUGCAGAGCCAGGUGCCGACCAGCACGCUGCGGGUUGAGAAGCAGGGAGAGGGGGAGGGCGAGGGGGAGGAGGCGUAAAUAGGAUGGUGGAUAGUGGAUGGUGGA